UCAUUCGCUAAUCCCCGACUAACGUCAAAUGUAAAAGAAAACACAUUACCUAUUUUUUUUAUAAAAUGUGCGAAUAGAAAGUGUUGUAAAAUGAAAAUCUUAUAAUUAACAGUUUAGAAUAGUAUUAUAACUAAAAUGGUAGCCACUCCACACAUUACCGGUCUAACCAACAAAAACAUUUUUCUUGUUGAAUUCAAAGAACCAUAUGGAGAAACAACCCUUAGAGAUGAAACCACUCCGAACAUACGGAGUAUUAUAUACAGUCCUAAAGGCACAUAUCUCGCUUACAGAAGUGAUAGAAAGGCUGAAAUAAUAAAAUGUGGAGAUUGGACAACAGCUGCAACCAUAGAGGGAAAUAUCAAGGAUAUGUUUUUCUCGCCUUUAGAUAAUUACUUCAUGGUUUGGGAGUUGUUUGUCAUGACAAAAGACAAUCCUCAGGGUAAACCAAAUCUCCAUGUUUACAAGUCAGCUACUGGUGAAUGUGUAGGAUCUUUUACCCAGAAAAAUCAAGCUGGAUGGGAGCCACAGUGGUCAUCAGAUGAGAAACUGUUUAGCAUUCAGAUGACAAAUAGGAUACUCUUUUAUGAAGAUGGCAAAUUUGACCGCUAUGUGCAACACCUGCAAGCUGACAAACUCAAGUCAUUCAGCUUGUCACCUAGUCCAGGACUCUCAUACUAUUUGGCCAUUUUUACAUUAGGGAAGCAAGGCCAACCUUCAGCGUGGCGCGUGCUAAAAUACCCGCAAUUGGACAUAAUGCAGUCAGUCGUAAGCCGCUCGACCUUCCAGGCUGACAAAGCUACUUUCUACUGGAAUAGACGAGGCACUAACGUCUUUGCGAUGACACAGACUGAUGUGGACAAAACUGGAGGUUCUUAUUAUGGGAAACAGUCAUUAUCAUUCGGUGACGUAAAAGGAAAUGCUGGCAAUGUGACAUUUAGUAAAGAAGGCCCCAUUCACGCAAUAGCUUGGAACCCUGGAAAUUCUAACGAGUGGGUAGCAGUGUACGGCCACGCGCCGGCCAAAGCGACGCUGUUCAACGCAAAGUGUGAUCCUCUGUAUGAGUUUGGCACUGGAGCAUGGAACGCUGUUUACUUUCCACCAGAAGGAAAUUAUAUGCUAUUAGGCGGGUUUGGGAACAUAGCAACUGGUCACAUUGAGGUGUGGAACAUGCAGGGCUACAAGAAACUAGGCUCGUGCGCCGCGCCCGACACUACCAGCCUACAGUGGGACCCGCGCGGCGAGACCUUUUUCACCGCUACAACUUACCCCCGGCUCACUGUCGGCAACGGGUACAAAAUUUGGCACUACACCGGUGUUCUUAUGCACAAACGCGUUUGCCAAGAAAAAGAGAACUUACUGGCAAUCUCGUGGCGGCCAGGGAAUUACCCAAAAAGUGAGUUGUCCAGGACCGCCCCUAAAGGUAUCGAGGACACUACGCCGAAGCCAGUUGGAGCGUAUCGUCCGCCAGGCGCGAGAAAUAAGCCUUCCACUUUCACAUUACAUGAACAUGAGAAACCACAUCGUCCCGGCGAAACUGCUAAUGCAGGACCGUCUAAACAAGCUAUUAAACAAAGGGAGAAGCGUGAGGCGCGAAAAGCUCGUAAAGCUGAAGAACGCGCCACCGGCGACCCCCCACCACCUCAGCCCCCCUCUACGCCACGACCUGCCUUUGUCUCUACCGGGGACCCAGAAAAGGACAAGAAAAUAAAAAAUAUUAACAAGAAACUGAGUGAUAUAGACAAGUUAAAACAACAGAAGGCUGCUGGCAAGCAGUUGGAGCUGAACCAGCUUGCCAAGAUAGAAAAUGAACAAGCUUUGCAACAGGAACUAGAUCUGUUGAGAUUAUGAUCUCCCAAGCUCAACGGCCGUAUAACAUUGUUACAAAUCCAUAUAUCAUUAUUAAACAUUUCUUUGUCAUUUCUAUAACUCUAUGAUUAUUUGUAAGUGCCUCUUUUUUUGUUAAUAAGCUAUAUUUAUAAGCUACAAAUACUUACCUUUAAUUUUAGUUGCUCUUUUUUUUUUCUUGUUACUUAAACUCACGAUAUUAUUGAUUGUUCACGCCAUGAUGAAUGGUUUAUUAUGUAUAAUGUUAUCAGAGUAUACUGCACCAAUCGCAACAUAUGAAAUGAGAGUACGGCCAUUAUUAAAACUGUUAUACUAAGUAUAACUGAAUAUAUUUUUUAUACUUACAUAAUUGCUGAAGGUCCUAUUUAUAAGGUAUAAAAAAAUAUAAAAUCACUAUACAGAACACAUACCAUGUAUUCUUUGAUAUCUAAAGUACGCUAGGUACAUAUUGCUACUAAAUAUAAUGCGCUAAAGUGGUGAAUAUCGAUUGUUAUCAAGUUAUCUAUAAGACAUUUUAUGUUUUCACAAUAAUUUUCAGUUUUUUAUUAUUCAAAUUCGUUGUAUGUACAUCAAUGUUAAAAAAAGAAAAAAGACAGGUACAUUGAUAUAUUUUUCUGCAUUUUUCAUAUUCUUGACUCUACCUUCUUUCAGAGAUUCUCUGUGAUUUCCCUAGAAAUCAUUAUCAUCCUUUCAAGAGAUUAUUCUAUGACUGAAACUGUAGAUUUUUUCCAGAAAAAAAAAACAUUUGUUGGAAAUCAACAAAAAAAAUGUAAGCCAUUAAACUUGACAGAUAAACACACCGUGUAAUAGGAUGCUCAAAAUAAACAUUGGGACCGAUUCUGAGAUGAUAUUUCUCUAAACCUAUUUCUUAACCUAACAUUAUAAUUUGCUAUGGACUAUAAUAAAUUAAUUCUUGUAAUAAUUUAGACGUAAAUAUAUUAAAAAAAUAUUUCAUAUUGAUCCUUACAAUAAAGAUUUCCCUGUGAUAUCAAAUUGAAAUUUUAAUUUUAGCCAUAAAUUUAAAACAUGGCGCCUCCAAAUCGAUCCCAUUGUCCUGUUAAUAAAACAAUUAUAAAUCAAUUUAAAGAAUAUCUUAACAAGACAAAAAUACUUAUGAAAUUGAUACCCAUUUAAAGUUAUGUAAGUGAAAAUAUAAAGUUAUCUUAUGACUUUAUAUAAGCGUGACUGAAAAUAUAAGGAGUGCAUUAAUCAUAACUAUAUAUAAAUAAUCAAGCAUAAUAAGAUUGAUUGAUCAGGUUUUCUUAAUUUUUCGUAUAUUUUUUUACAGUGUCUGUUGAAUAAUUUCUAAAGUAUAAAAUGUGUUAAAUAAAGUAUUAGUACAAUUG